AUGACGGACCCGGCUGCGGAAGCUUACGAGCGCCUCACCAAGAACCUCUCCUUCGACUCGCAUGGUGUCACCGAGACUGUCGACCAACCCCACAAUGGUGGUCUCCCGGCCUCCAACUCGAGCUCCAGGAUCGUGGACUCGGCUCCAGCUGCUGCCGUAGCGGUGCCUCAUUCCGAGCCUGCCGCUGCUACCGCCGAUAGCUCCAGCUUGAAGCUUGGCAACGGUGCUGCCGCUGCUGCUGCCCCAGCCAACGGUGAGGCUGGUGUCAAGUACGCUCCUGGUGGAAAGGUCAAGCUCACCAACUACCCUUCGAUCGCCAACGCGACUCUGCCCGCCGAAGGCAACGGAACCUUCAGCAACCUUCACCUCGCCCUCCUCAUCUUCUUCACUCCCGCUGUCGUGCUCCGUCUCAUCCCCUUCGUCAACCCGCAGUGGUUCGGAUGGUUCAGCUACUUCCUUCUCUGCGCCCUCUUUGGCGCUCCCGUGGCCAUCGGCUACUGGACCGUCAUGUCCACCUACGGCCCUCGCAAGAACCUCAAGGUGACUCUUCCCGGCAAGCCUCUCGAAUUCUACAUGGACAUCAAGGACCCCGAACUCCGCAAGAAGUACCACGGCGACAAGAAGAUUCCCUACCAAGUCUUCCACGACGCCUACUUUGCCGCCAAGAUUGAGCCCAAGAUGCCGCUCAACGAGCUGCUCGAGCUGCGAUGGGACUGGUGCUCCAUGCAGUUCACCUGGAAGCUCUUCGAAUACGUCCUCUUCAACCUCAUCCCCGAUGUCGUCAUGCACACUGCCAAGCAGGACCAGACGCAGAUCCAGGACAACUAUGACCGUGGCGACGACUUCUACGCCUGGUUCCUUGGCCCGCAGAUGAUCUACACCUCGGGUAUCAUCUCGGACCCGCACAAGGCCGAGACGCUCGAGGAGCUGCAGGACAACAAGCUCAACCUUGUCUGCUCCAAGCUCGACCUGCAGAAGGAGGACCGCGUGCUCGACAUCGGCUGUGGUUGGGGCACCUUCGCCACUUUCGCUGCAGUCAACUACGGAUGUGACGUGACCGGUGUUACACUCGCCAAGACGCAGACGCGAUUCGGCAAUGACCGCCUCAAGAAGAACGGCAUCGACGCCAGCCAGGCGCGCAUCUUGAACCUCGACUACCGCGACAUCCCCGUGCAACCCGGCCACUACACCAAGAUCAUCUCGCUCGAGAUGGCCGAGCACGUCGGCAUCCGACACUAUGACAAGUUCCUCUCCGAUGUGUACAACCUGCUGGACGACGAUGGAGUCUUUGUGUUCCAGGUUGCCGGUCUGCGUCCUACGUGGCAGUUCCACGACCUCAACUGGGGUCUCUUCAUGAACAAAUACGUCUUCCCUGGCGCCGAUGCCUCGUGUUCGCUCGGUUGGGUCGUCAACCACCUCGAAAAGGCCGGCUUCGAAGUUCGAUCCGUCGACGUCGCCGGUGUCCACUACUCAGCUACCAUCCUGCGAUGGGCCCAGAACUGGGAGAGCAACAAGGACAAGGUGGUGGCCAAGUACGGCGACCACAUGUACAGGAUGUGGAGCUUCUUCCUCUGGUCGAGCGUCAUUGUCGCGAGAGAGGGCGGCAGCUCGGUGUUCCAGUUCACGCUGCACAAGAACCUGAACGCCUACCACAGGAUCAACGGCGUCAAGUCGCACGGUGGUUUGCUGCCCCGUCCUCCCAUCAGCAAGUGGAAGUCGGUGUACAACUGA